AUGCAGGCGACUUUGCCGCCAAUGUGGUCGGAGAUCGAAAGAUUUAGAAGGAGACGAGGGAGGCUUACACUGUCAGAAUUGACAGAAAUUACGGCCAGGGCUCAUCAGCUACAUCUACAGAUGUUCCAGCUGAGUCCCCAGGAGCUGCGUCGUCUCCGUGAGCUCCACGCUCGUCUCGACUGGUCUAGGUCACACCGACCAGAGAUAGUGUUAUACACGCCCGCACAACUCAGACAACUUAUAAGUCUGAGUCGGCCUGCCCUGGACAUCCCUCGAGCUAGUCCUCCAUUUCCUAGGGCUUCGCCCCCGUCCCCAGCCGGUCCCUGGCGUCCCGGGCCAUUAGGGGCGCCGUGGCAUCUACCUGAUAGUAAUCCUUCGUCAGAGCCUCGUAGUGAGUGGUCGUGGAGGGGAGCCCGCGGGUGGGGGGCGGGGGCCUUGCUACUGAUAGCCGCUCUGCUACUACACGAAGAAGACGUUCAGAGGAAUGGCCGUCAGCAAAUGUACUCGCUACUAGUCGGAACAUAUUCCCACUUGAGUCCUCCCCUCCCCCCCGACCCUCCCCCGCCGUAUACAGCCUUACAACACGAAGAGCCUCCCCCGCCUUACUGUCACGUAGCAUUCACAAACAAACCACAGUCGCCCACCGUACACAUAUACCUGACAGGCAACGAACCAGUCGCUCAUUCAAGCAACGGAUUCAACCAAAACACCGAAAAUAACAUAGAUGAUAACCAAAAAACUUCUCAAGAAACAGAAAACGAAGAAAAUACACAGAUAAAUAUAAAUAAUGAUUCAGCCAUAGACAAUGAGACGAUAACGUCAGAGAGAUCCAUAGAUAAUCAAAAUCGCGAAACGCAGAACGCGUCAAGAAAUGAAGAAACUUGUUAA